UUAACUUCCUCUCUGCUCUGCACUGAAGAAGUUGACUGUUUGAAGUACAACUUGAUGGUCCCCUCGAACUUUCAUGGCACCUUCCUAUAAUACCAUCUUCAUAUUUGAUCCAAUUCAUUAAGGCACUUUCGAUUACCAUUUUUCCAGUUUAUCAUCCAAUUUCACAUCUGGGUCACUGUUUUUAUGCUCUAAUUUGACUUUUUUCACAAAUGGUGGCUUCUUCUGUGGCCUCUCCACUAUGUACAUGGCUCGUAGCAGCUUGCAUGUCUGUAUCCAGCGAAAAGGAUCAAUUUUGGAAGCCUGCUUCUAAUUUUCAGUCUUCCAAGUUGAUGGGUAGGUCUGAUAGGAGAAGGAAAGCGAUUACCAAGUGCAACAGUGGGAGCUUGAUGAAUGGUUCUGUAAUGAACAGUUCUUGGCAUACUUGUUUUGGUUUUGAGCCCUGUGAGGAGUAUUAUAAAUCCGAGGGAUUGUCUGCUUCUUUUUCGUCUUUAUUUGCCGAAAAUGCGUUUUCUGUAUUUGGAUUUAAGCAGGUGCCAUUGAAUCGAAGGCAGAGGAGAAUGAGUUCUGCUGCUCAUUCUGGCAAACCCGUGGCUGUGGCCAUGCAACCUGCAAUGGAAGCCACGGCAAAGAAGAAACCUCUUAUGAGGAACAGAAGAGUUGUUGUGACCGGGGUCGGUGUAGUAUCACCAAUCGGUCAUGAUCCAGACAUGUUUUACAAUAAUCUUCUUGAAGGCAUCAGCGGUAUAAGUCAGAUUGAGGCUUUCGACUGUUCUGAAUUUCCCAGUAGAAUUGCUGGGGAAAUCAAGGAAUUUUCGACUAAUGGGUGGGUUGCACCCAAACUUUCGAAAAGAGCAGAUAAGUUCAUGCUCUAUAUGCUUACUGCUGGAAAGAAAGCUUUGGCAGAUGGUGGGAUCACAGAAGAUUUAUUGCAGGAAUUAGAUAAGGCUAGAUGUGGGGUCCUAAUUGGCUCAGCCCUUGGAGGGAUGAAGGUCUUCUAUGAUGGCAUUGAGGCUUUACAGGUGUCGUACAAGAAGCUGAAUCCUUUCUGUGUACCUUUUUCAACAUCCAAUAUGGGAGCUGCCAUGCUUGCAAUAGAUUUGGGUUGGAUGGGUCCAAGCUACUCAAUCUCCACUGCAUGUGCAACAAGUAACUUCUGUAUAUUAAGUGCUGCAAAUCAUAUAAUUAGAGGUGAAACAGAUAUGAUGCUUUGUGGGGGGUCAGAUUCGGCAAUUAUUCCUAUAGGCUUGGGAGGUUUCACUGCUUGUGGUGCCCUGUCACAGAGGAAUAGUGAUCCAACAAGGGCUUCACGUCCUUGGGAUAUGGACCGUGAUGGAUUUGUGAUUGGGGAAGGAUCAGGCGUCUUACUUUUAGAAGAACUUGAACAUGCAAAGAAGAGAAAGGCUAAAAUAUAUGCCGAGUUUUUGGGUGGAAGCUUCACUUCUGAUGCUUAUCACAUGAUAGAGCCACAUCCAGAAGGAAGUGGAGUUGUUCUCUGCAUAGAAAAGGCCUUGGCUCAAUCUGGGGUGAAACGUGAAGAUGUCAACUAUAUCAAUGCUCAUGCUGCAUCAACCCCAGCCGGUGACCUGAACGAAUAUCAGGCCAUUCUGCAUUGUUUUGGGAAGAACCCUGAACUUAAAAUAAAUUCAACAAAGUCCAUGACUGGUCAUCUCCUUGGGGCUGCUGGUGCUGUGGAAGCCAUCGCAACAGUCAAGGCCAUACAUACAGGAUGGAUCCAUCCAAACAUCAAUCUUGAGAACCCUGACAAUGGCUUGGAUAUGAAUGUGCUGGUGGGCUCUAAGAAGGAGCGCUUGGAUAUCAAGGUUGCACUCUCCAACUCAUUUGGCUUUGGAGGACACAACUCGUCUAUUCUAUUUGCGCCUUAUAAGAAUGUCUAAUCCAAUGCUUGCACAUAUCAUUCUUAAAGAAUGUAACCUUGUGUUGAUUUUCAUCAAGUUGCCCUUGAACCAACGAAAGCCAGAAAACGAACUUUUCAUCUUCACUAGUUCAUCAGAAAGGAAAGCAGGCACUGGAGAUCACGAGUGUGUGAAGUCAUUUUCCUAACUGUACUACCUUUUUUACUACUAUAGAUAUUUUGAAAUUCGGUUCAUCUUUCUAUUAGUUGUUCUUAGGUAUGAACUGUAGCAGCCAAUACAUAACUCAUCUCACAUCUGCUUGGAAAUGAGAAAUAUGUUUUAUUCUUUGUGA